AUGGAUUCCGCCAACACUAGCGGCAGUUUGCAAUCUUCAAGCGGUGCCGAUGAAGAGUACGAUUCACGCGCCCAAUCAUCUCAACUCUCUGCCUUCUUAAACAACCCCACCCAACCUCCUUCCUUCAACACUGCCGCUCCCAAUAACCUCCACCCACUUAUCCCACCACCGCACCACCACCACCAAAAUACCCACAUCUUCGACCCUUUAUCAACUUACCUGGAUCCGAUUACCCAAACCUCAACAUCACUUCUAAACCUCGACGUCAUGUGGUCCAAACCGGGUAGAUCCGAACCAAACCAACCCAUUCUUGCUAACUUCAUACCUUGCUCCUCAUCAUCGCCCUCGCCGCAUAACCAAGCUUUUCUCUCCACUCAAACAAGGGGCAGCAACAAUAGUGCUGCUUUUCCUACCUUGCCUCCAGAAGGUGGUUCCCGAGGACUAAUGCUUUCGGUGUCAGCCGCCAACAAUGAUCAAAUUCAAACCCACAGCACCACCACCAACAGUAUCAGUACCAACAACAACAACACCAACGUGGUUCGAAACCCAAAGAAACGGUCAAGAGCUUCGAGGCGUGCACCCACCACUGUGCUAACCACAGACACCACCAAUUUCCGAGCCAUGGUUCAGGAAUUCACAGGCAUCCCCGCACCACCCUUCACAUCCUCGCCUUUCCCGAGAACCAGGCUGGAUCUCUUCGCUUCAGCCGCAACACCAACUCUGAGAUCCAACCUUAACGUUAAUGUUAACCCUUUGGACCCUCCCACGCCACCUCCUUAUCUUCUUCGCCCCUUUCCGCAGAAACUGCAGUUCCGAAGCCUUCACCCGUUUCCUCCUUCCCUUUCCAACACCUUAUCACCCUCAACUAACUCUACAACUAAUUCAACUUCCAUUAACUACCAACAGCAGCAAAACCUGUCCGAACAUUUUGGACUUAUGAAACAGCCUCUCAACUAUAACAACGCUCCUACUCUCGAAGCAUAUCAGCAUCCCAGGUACGCUCUUGGCAACUCUUCUGUCCUUGUCUCCAGACCACAACAACAACCCUCCUUGGAAAUUCCGCCGAGUCUCAAAAUGGGGGUAUUUGAGGAGCUGGGACUGAGACACGAAUGCCAUGUUAACACCGACCUCGGGUGUCUUCAUCAGAACAUGGUUUCUUCAACAUCGGUUGGAGUGGGAGCAUUGUCAAGUGGAAACAACAACAGCAAUAACUUGAGUAAUGCUAAUCCUUCAACGGAAUGGGCCCAGAGAACGGGCACCAUUACCAACAAUGAUUGCGAUCACGCAGGAGGAGGAGGAGGAGGAGCUCUCACUGGCACUGUCAGCUACAGUGACAUUGCAGAGCGAGUCACCAAUGGCAAAGUACACUACCCAGCUUCUUCAUCGGAUUUUCAUGGAGAGAAGGGACCAGAGUUCAGUGUAACUGCCAGAAGCCAAGGUAUGGUGGAAUCCUGGAUUAAUUGUUCUUCUGAUUAA